AUGCCUGCUCAGUUCAUCGACGUCCCGACCUACAAGCUCUCGCACGGUGGCAGCAUCCCUGCCGUCGGCCUCGGAACCUGGCAGAGCAAGCCUGGCGAGGUCGAGCACGCUGUCGAGGUCGCGCUCAAGAACGGGUACCGCCACAUCGACGGCGCGUUCGUCUACCGCAACGAGGCCGAGGUCGGCCAAGGGCUGAAGGCGUCGGGCGUUCCUCGCGGCGACAUCUUCCUCACGUCCAAGCUGUGGUGCACGCGCCACCGCGACGUCGAGGGCGCCGUCAAGACGUCGCUCGCCAACUUUGGCACCGACUACCUGGACCUGUACCUCAUUCAUUGGCCCGUACCGCUCAACCCGAACGGCAACGACCCGCUGUUCCCCAAGCUCGAGGACGGCAGCCGCGACAAGGACACCGAGUGGUCGAUCAACGACACGUGGAAGCAGAUGGAGGCGGUCCUCGAGAAGGGCCUCGUCAAGGCUAUCGGCGUCUCCAACUUCUCAGAGAAGAUGAUGGGGAAGCUUCUGUCGACGGCCAAGGUCGUGCCGGCAGUCAACCAGGUCGAGCUUCACCCGUACCUGCCCCAGCACGAUCUCAUCGCCUACCUCAAGUCGAAGAACAUCGUUCCUCAGGCCUACUCGCCGCUCGGAUCGACCGACUCGCCGCUGCUCAAGGACGAGGAGAUCCAGCAGAUUGCCGACAAGCACGGCGUCUCGGUCGGCACCGUCCUCAUCAGCUACCAGGUCAACCGCGGCGUCGUCGUCCUGCCCAAGAGCGUGACCGAGAAGCGCAUCGUCGACAACCUGCGGCUCGUCAAGCUCGACGACGGCGACAUGGACACGCUCAACUCGCUGCACAAGACCAAGGGCAAGCGCUUCAUCAAGCCCGACUGGAACGUCGACCUUGGCUUCGAGGAUUGGUAG